AGAAACAGAGAGAGAGAGGCAGGGAGGGAGAGUUAAAGAGGAGGACGUUGAUCAGAGCGCAGAUGGAGGUUGUUUCUUUUCAUUGAGAAUCUGACGGCAUGACGACGACUUCCUGAGAGAGAGAGAGAGAGAGAGACAUCCUACCCUCAGUUUCCACGGUGACGGCAUCCCUCCAUCCUCCUCCUCCAUCAUCUCUCUGUCCAGCUGCUGUCGACUCGUUGGCGUCGUCAGGAUGGGAGAUAAAGGAACCAGGGUGUUUAAGAAGGCGAGUCCCAAUGGAAAGCUCACCGUCUAUCUAGGGAAGAGAGACUUCGUGGACCACGUGGACCUGGUGGAGCCCGUCGAUGGAGUCGUCCUGAUCGACCCGGAGUACCUGAAGGAAAGGAAAGUGUUUGUGACUCUGACUUGUGCGUUCCGUUAUGGUCGUGAGGAUUUGGACGUCCUUGGGUUGACAUUUCGUAAGGACCUGUUUGUGGCUAACAUCCAGGCGUUUCCUCCACUGCCUGAGGAGAAGAAGAGCCUGACUCGACUUCAGGAGCGCCUGAUUAAAAAGCUGGGAGAACACGCCUACCCCUUCACCUUCGAGAUUCCUCUGAAUCUGCCGUGCUCCGUCACCCUGCAGCCGGGACCCGAGGACACCGGGAAGGCCUGCGGAGUCGACUUCGAGGUGAAAACUUUCUGUGCAGAAAACGUUGAAGAAAAGAUCCACAAAAGGAACUCUGUGCGUCUGGUGAUCCGCAAGGUUCAGUACGCUCCAGAGAAACCUGGUCCUCAACCCACAGCAGAAACCACCAGACAGUUCCUGAUGUCAGACAAACCUCUGCACCUGGAGGCGUCUCUGGACAAAGAG